AUGGUGCUGAGGAGAAGGAGAGGGACUGAGCUGGUGUUGGUUUGUGGAAGGAAGCUGAGGGAGUCAUCGAGGGAGGUGAGAGUGAGCCGUGAGCUCCAGGAGUCGGUGAACUUGCGGGGAUGGGUGCACCAGCGUCGGCAGCAAGUUGCAGGGUACGGGAGCAGGAAGAUUGCAGAAGGUGGCAUGGGGUGUGGUAGUUGGUUGUGUGAGCCGCUCGAAAAGUUGCUGGCUCGGGUCGAAGAAGAAGAAGAAGAAGUUGAGGUUGAUGGUGAUAUUGCCGUGCAAUCAAAGGAUCAGGGCAUGGGCGUGAGCUUUUUGCAGGCUCAGAGUAUCGAGGAAGUCACAAGCCACAACAAGGUCGACAAUGUGGCCGAGAAGAAUGACAACGAUGCGAAGGGGAAGGGAGAAGGACUUGUUAUGCCUGAGAACAUUGCUUUUGGCCACGGAUUCAAGGACUACAACGAGAGGAGUGAGAGGAACUUGAUGGUCGAAGAAUUCUACCGGAAGAAUCACAUUUACCAAACCUAUGAAUUCGCGACGAAGAAAAGAGAGGAGUAUGCGAAGCUGGAUAAGGCGGAGAUGAGCAUAUGGGAGUGUUGCGAGCUAUUGAGCCAGUACAUUGACGAGAGCGAUCCCGACCUGGAUGAGCCCCAGAUUCAACACCUCCUCCAGAGUGCUGAGGCAAUACGCCGGGAUUAUCCCGACGGAGACUGGCUCCAUCUCACUGCCCUCAUCCAUGACUUGGGAAAAGUUUUGCUACAUCCGUCGUUUGGUGAGCAGCCUCAGUGGUCUGUGGUGGGUGACACAUUUCCUCUUGGAUGCGCAUUUGAUGAGUCCAUCGUGCACCAUCGAGUCUUCGAGGACAACCCGGACUUCCAAAAUCCAAAAUUCAACACCAAACUUGGCGUCUACUCUGAGAACUGUGGACUGGACAAGGUCCCGAUGUCGUGGGGCCAUGACGAGUACAUGUACCUUGUGGCCCAAGGAAAUAACACUACUCUCCCACCGGCUGCACUCUUCAUCAUCCGGUUCCAUUCCUUUUAUUGUAAUUUCUUUGUCUGAUAAACACUGUUACAUCGUUCGGGGGCUUACAAGUACCUCAUGAAUGAGGAAGACGAAGAGAUGCUCAAAUGGCUCCAUGUAUUCAACAAAUAUGACCUCUACACAAAGAGCAAAGUCCUGAUCACUGUUGAGGAAGUGAAGCCCUACUACCUCUCUCUUAUUGACAAGGUAUUGCAUUAUUUCCAGGUUUAA